CAUACAUCAUUUGCAGGAGGACCUGAUUUGAUUCGCAUUGAGUUUCCGUUGCAUAUAUAAGGGUGAAAUGGAAGCGUUACUUACAAAGUCUACUGCUGUCGCAGACGGAGAGGAGCCUUCAACCUGCAGCUUGUCUUCUUCAGAGUCCGAGAGUGCAACUGUCAAGAACAUCGUGAAUGAUUUGAUCGACCGUGCUUCGUUCUGGAAUGUACCAACAUCGGUUGAGGGCACCUUCUAUUCUCUGGACUUUCGGAAAGCUCCCUCACUGGGUUCUGCCGCAUCGUCCACCGAUGGCAGUGAAUUUGGAGACUUGAGUGACUGCGAUCUAUCGCUUUUGGACAGUGCAGAAAAUUCUGAUCAGGAGUUCGAGAGACUUCAAAAGUUUACAUGUGAGACGCGAAUCAAGACUUUCAAGAAGGAUCAUCCCGAUGGUGUGCCUGAGAAGAAGAAAUCGAAGACAGAACUAGUCAUCGAUGCUAGCGACCUCACGAAUGAGUAUGAUACUCUCCCACCACUGGAAAAUCUUUCAAUCCACUGUGACGAGUCCAUACCUCUUGAAGUUGUGGGACAUGUGACAUCCGUUGUGGAUUGUUUAGUCGUCAUACAGUCGGAAACUGGUGUUGCGCUUGAUUUCGACUCUGUCUUGUUUGAUAAGGAUCGCAACUCCAUUGGCGUUGUUUUCGAUCUAUUUGGCCCAGUGAAAAGCCCGUUCUAUUCAGUGAGAUAUAAUACGAAAGAGGAGGCUGCGAAGAUGGAGGUUGGUAUGAAGGUAUACUACGCCCCGAAAGCAGAGCAAUAUACCAAAACGGUCAUUGAAACGCAGUUGAACGAGCAAACGGUAGUGGACGAAGUUUCCUCAGAGGAUGAUGCCGUUUUCAGUGAUGAUGAAAAAGAAAGGCAGUACCAAGCACAAAAAGCUGGCAAGACAAACACGGCUAAUGUCGUUAGAGGAAAUCGUUCACGUGGAAAAAGAAAUCGCGUUCAGUUUUCAGAGAGCACGUCUCAGCGAGGCGUUGGAGGAAGAGGCGCAAAUCAUAAUGGGGGGCGAGGUCGCGGUUCAUCUUGGGAUUGGCACAGCGGACGAGGCGGAAUUCUAGGUCGAGGAGAGCAUGGACGUGCACGAGGUGGUCCACCGCUCCCUCGUGGGUCUUCCGCAACAAGUACAGAUAAUCCAUAUGCGGAAUAUGGCUGCUACGGCGCGAUCCCGUUGACUGACUCCAGACAGCUUUGAAGCGUUCUCAGCAAUCAAGCUCUGAAGAGUAGUUGUUUUCCCCAUCAGGAACCAUCGAUUUUCAUACAUUACAUACAUUUUUUCUUUUGUCGUUUUUUGUUGUUGUUAGCAGAAUUUGUCUCAUGUUUGUUUACUAUGGAAUGGUCGGAAGGUGCAGCAUAUCUCACUGAGGUGUUCAUAGUCGAUGCGCUGAAUUGCUAACUAACC